ACGUCGCUUCCGGAACGUUCUAAAGCCCCCACCUGCUAGAACAAUCUCUCAGAUAUUUUUCUCGGCUCGAUUCCCGGCCUUCCCUCUGCGCCGCCAUCGUCGCCCUUUUCUGGACCUCCCUUAUAUAUACACGACGAUGAACGCCCGCGUUGCCUUCGUUGCUUGUUUCGUUGGGCGUGAUGAUGGGCGAGGAGGAGUGGGGGGAAGACAUGGAGGGUGGUCAGAGCUCGCGGUCUUAUUACGGCGUCCUCGGCGUCGCUCCCGGCUCUUCUUUGGAGGAGAUAAGGCGCGCCUAUCGCAAGCUCGCUAUGCAAUGGCAUCCCGACCGGUGGACGAGGAACCCGUCUCUGUUGGGCGAGGCCAAGCGCAAAUUUCAGCAGAUUCAGGAAGCCUACGAAGUAUUGUCAGACCAGAGGAAGAGGACAUUAUACGAUGCGGGGUUGUACGAUCCGAAUGACGAAGCAGAUGAGGGGUUCUGUGACUUUCUGCAAGAGAUGGUGUCUCUCAUGGGACAGGCCAGCAGAGAGGACAAACAAUAUAGCAUGGAAGAUUUGCAAACGAUGUUCAUGGAGAUGGCGGAGGGGUUCGAUUUUGGGCCUUGGUCACCUGAAGCUAUGAUCUUUGAGGACCACAAGAGCUCAAAGAGAGCACGGUGCGAAUUAGACUUGAUGCCGGACACAUCGCAUUCGCGCGUAUCAGGGUUCGGGAUGUACGAAACAAGCAGUCGUUAUUGCCAUUGAGACUUACUUUAGUACGCGCGGGGAGGAAAAAGAGGGAAACAUCAAAAGAGAUUUUCCAGUGAAGAGCUCAUGGCCGCAUUCGAUGCGACGACUGGUAUCAAACGCCUGGGAAUGGCAAACGUGAGCAGUUGUUGCUUGUAUUUGCUGUGCGGAUCGCCCCAACCCUCUUGUUGCACAAAGUAUUGGAAUGGCCUCUGUCAUGUUUGUUCGAUUGAGAGGAGGCAUGUUAUGUACAGCAGUAGUUCACAUUCGAAAUUGCUCUCAUGAAAUAUUGAAUGGGAAGUGUGUUUGUACUUGAUCUUUGUUUAUCAGGCGGUUGGCUUCGUUCUUGAUUUUUUGACUUGGGAAUUCUAUCGGGAACAAGCUGAGAUCAUGUAGAAAUCCCAGAUCCGAGUAUUGAAAUCGGAUAAGUGUCCGGUUUCUCCUAUCGAGUUGUUAAUUGCUCUC